GCCACGCUCGAUGCCCAGCUUGUGAAGAUCGAGAAAACCAUAGAUGAUAAACUCGAGGCGAAGGUCUCGGGAUUAGCGGCCACUGUUGGAGUCCAAGGUCAGAUGUUGAAAAAGAUCACCGACCGCUUAGAGAAGUCAGAGACCCGUCUCAACGCCAUGGAACAGAUGGCUCAGGAUCGGUUGAUGGCCACCACUCUCGAGAGGGUUGCGAAGGACAUUAUCUCUGAGUGUGCGACCGUGCAGGCAGCAAGUCUCAUUCGGAUCCGGGCCUACGAUCUCCAGAAGAAAGUUACCUUGGAUUUCCCUUCCCCGGCCAUGGCUUCGGACUUCCAGAUGAAUUUCAGGAAGCUGAGUGAGAGCUACAGCAUG